AUGACGGAUCACGUCAUCACGGCCUCAGGCCUGGUUUGGCCGCCAUCCGGGCAGUCGGGGGUCGGGGCGCUGAUGCGGCUUCUUGACGUUCGGCCGUCGGCGGGUUCAAAAUUUUUACUGGACUACCGAGUGCCGACAGGGCAGCAUGGGACUGAGAGUGAGGGUCAGGCCGUCAGGGACUCACUCAGGGCACACCGACAUAUUUAUACAUACGCCGGCGACGCAUUGGUCAAUUAUCUAGCAUUAUUACUCGCUCAGGUCAAUGAUGAUAAUUCACAACAGAUCGAUCGUCGAGUAUCGAUCAGUGACGAAUUCGGAAUUUCGACGAUCACUCUCUGUUUUGAUUUUCAAUAUUUUGUGUGCACAGAGCCACAGACCACAGUGCGGAAUGCCGAGUACAGUGCAAACCGCAGACGCGACACUUCACGCCUCACGGUGGCCGUCACAAAGUACACAGAGUUAGAGAUGGAGAUGAAGAUUCAGCCUCACUUUCAGGCGUAG